AUGGCCUCGCCUCUCUUAGAAAAGGCACCUGGAAUUCGACCAAAAGCUGUUAAAGGUAGUAAGCGAGCUGUCACCUCAAUGAAAAAAAGACAAGCAUCAAAUAAGGAUUCAAGUACCAGGGAUUCACCAAAUCCGAGUCGCCCUCAUGUCUGUCCUACGUGCACUCGGGCAUUUGCGAGACUAGAACAUUUGAAAAGACACGAGCGAUCACAUACAAAUGAAAAACCAUUUCAGUGUGCAGCUUGUGGCCGAUGCUUUGCACGUAGGGAUUUGGUAUUGAGACAUCAACAAAAACUUCAUUCUUCGUUACCAACAAAUGACAGGGCUAAUGCGCCAAAAAAGCCACGCGGUUUGAAGAUAGUGCCAAAGGAAGGUCAAAUAAUCAGUGAUUAUCUAAACAAGAACAUAAACAUAGUGAAGAAUAACACAAGUACCAAAUUACCAAUUCCCCGGAAGACGAAAAAACUUGCUGAAGGCGUUUAUCUGAUGGAACCAAUCAAUUCUAAUGGCAAAUUAGUUUUUAACAAAGAAAAGGUCACACGAAAGAAAGCAAAGAUAGAAAAAAUGCAGUAUAAGACUGUUUCUCCAAAGGGAACAAAACUUGGACUUACUUCAACAGCUGCUAUGGAUGCCAUCCAUGUACCUGAGGCCAUACUCCAUGAGGUUUCAAAUUUUGAGCAUCAAAGACAUGCAUCGUUUAGUGCUGCCGCAUCUGGUUCGUAUACCGGGUUUUCAGCUCAACAGCUACAUGGGCAAAGUAUAAUACCUAAUAAUCUGAAUAGUGUCGAGCAAGAAGCACCUUCAGAAGUUAAUUUCACCUCGCCUUUACUCAAGCAUCAGUCGGAUGGACAUUUCGAGUAUGUUGAUUUUGGAUCCUUAGAAAAUCUAGAGUUGGAUGGUUUAAAUAAUAAUCCAAAUAUGGGAUUAGAUUCUAAUGUAAACAUGCCGCAGCUUACAACAGGUUCAUCAGAAGUUUUUCAUCCCGUUGAUAAACUCCCCUAUCGGUCAAUAUUUGAUACCAAGAUUUCACCGAUCGUGACAGGCGCAACAAAUAAAAAUCUUGCUAACACGAAUAUUAAUGCAGGCACAGGAAUAGACUCAUCAACAGGAUCUUCUACCGGCUCAUCACUUCCUAUCCAAUAUAGUCUCAGUACGCAGACACCUGUAUCAAUUGGCUCUAUGUCAAGUAUGCAACCCAAAGACAUUGAUCAUAUGCCGAUAUUAGAUCAAUUAGAGCAAAUUUCUGGAUCAGCCUUCAAUCAAGCACCUUCGGCUUCAGUUAAUGGUCAUGUGACAAAUUCUGAGACGGAUGAUUUGUUGAACGAGUUUAUUAAUGCUCCUAUUAAUACGCAGUUUCCUCAAGUGAGUGACAGCAUAGGAUUUGGAGAUAAUUCCUCCUCAUCAUCAGCUUUGGAUGUCAGUAAAAGAACGCACAGUGGUCAAAAUCUCAGAAAGUAUUUUAAAUCCAGACAGAUGGAUAUUCUUCGUCAUGAUAAUACCUUUCCGAAUGUGACAUCUCAAAUUGCAGGUUGCCGGUGUUCAGAAGACCUCAGACGUUAUAUUCUAAAUGCCUAUGAUCUUUCAGAGACGCAAUUUCCUCAGCUGGAUGAUAUGAACCGGUACCUAGCAUUAUACGGACUCAAAUUCGACAAAUAUUUCCCUUUCAUUCAUAUACCUUCCUUAAAUAUUGAGGGACAUCUGGAUCAGAUUCCAUUGAUGCUUUCUAUGGCAGCCGUUGGAGCGUUAUACUGCUUUCAUGCAAGAAAUUCUUCCACACUAUUCAAUUUCUCCCGGUUUUUAAUCCAUAAUUUUAUGGAAUCCGAACUUAAGCAACAUGAGUUCAAUCACGUGCCUUUGCACAUAACGCAGGCAUUACUUCUUCACCUUUUCUUGGGUUUAUUCCAUAAUGACGUUGAAGUCACACGACUUAGUGCUCGCCAACUUGGAUCUUUGGUCUCUUUAGUCAAGGCAACAAAACUACAUAUGCCACUUGAAACAUUUCUUCUUCCGCCAUCCUUGUUCGCUGAUAUAUCAACAUUAAAUGAUGGUACGGCAACUUCGCAGCAACUCCUUGAAGUUUGUCAUGACUACUUUAUUCUUGCCCAAUCUAGAAUAAGAACAGUUCAUGUUCUUUACUAUCUCUGUACUUUAUUCAGUUGUCUAACUGGAGAGGAAAUUGAACUUGGCACAGAAGACAUACGAUGUGGCUCUUUUUGCAUUUAUGAAGAUCUGUGGAAAGCGAAAAGUUACAAUGAAUGGCUCAAUCAGCUUAAACAAAGAAAUGUGAGGAUUGACUCUAAAUUCGCUUUAAUUCGCUUGAGUGACGGAACAAAUUCGUAUAGAGAUAUGUGGCAUGAUUUAACAAAUCUGUCUCUUGAUGGUACAGUUGGUUUGCGAGGGAUGCUAUCACUUUUGAUGUCUGUUAAUGGAUACAUCAAUGAUGAGCACGCUUCGAUUGAAACGUCAAAAGAAGGUUUGGGAGCUAAAAUUGCCAAAUGGAGGAUGGAUGAAAGACCAUACAUCGAAUCUUUGAUCAAAACUUGGGAGGCUUGUUUUGUUAAAAACGGUGGCAUUUUGGUUCCAAGGGGACAGAAUCUACACACAAUAAAUAUGAGUGCAGAGUUGAAGCUAAUCUUGCCUCUAAUAUCCUUUGCUAAAAUCAAUAAAUGUGUGUACAUAUCGCCUGUUCUUUCAAAAAUGUGGACGAGGGACUGGAAUGGGAUGAACGAGGAGAUCAAAAAAUUGGCAGUAGACCACGAGGCACUGAGGGAUUCUACUUCAUAUUCCUUGGAUGUGAUUAAUUUGUGGAUUGAUAUUAUAUCAAUAACAAACGAUGCGGAGAAGACAUCAAUUCGUACUCCGAUCUUCUUUUUAACGUGCCUAUUUACUUCAACUUUACUAAUCUCUGAAUAUAUUUACACGAUCGAGGUUUGGGCAAACAAAUAUUUGGGAUCACCGGAGGGGUCCGGCGGUUUGGCGACAGCUGAUCGUGUUCUUUGGCUGAGGGCUGAGACGAUUCUCAAAAAAGUGGAAAGUAAUUUGCUUCCACCUGGUGCAAACCAUACAUCAUAUGCAGAAUUUCUUCGUGUCCAGGCUAACGGUGCAUUAGAUGUGGAGCAACUGGAUGAUGGAAUUUCGAAAUUGGCUCUGGAUUCUCAGAGUCUAUCGCAUGUCGCAGAAAUAAUUGCUACUGGAAGAUUAAGUGCACGGUGCUUAUCAUUAGGAGUUCGGAUAUUAGCAGAUGCACCUGUUUGGCCGAUUGCUUUGGUUUUUGCCGAGGCUUUGAAGGCAAGAGCAACAGCCAUUCACGAGCAUUUGUCCACGUUUACACCUAAAUCAAAUCCAUCACGGAAUUCGGAGUGA